AUGGCAGCUGAGGAUGACCCUCUUCAGCCCCUGUCAUGGGGGCAGACGACUGGCGGCCAGCCGCACCCCAUGGAAGCCAGCACCAAGGAUCCGGGAACCUCACUGGUCCCCCGGAGCUCACCUUCCUGUGGGGUUUUGCCUUCGGCCUCCAGCAGCCAAGCCCAAGAGUGGCCACUCUUGAAGCCCGUCAGGCGAUUCGCUCCACCUUCUGCAGCCACGGCAGAGGCAGACCAGGUGAAGCCUCCUCUCCUGACCUGCUCCCCAGAAGGGGCCCCACUGGUUCAUCCAUGGUCGGGGUGUCCUCGUAGGACUGCCUUUGCUGCCCGGGAGUGCUCCAGCGAUGGGGAGAACGAGAGUCCCCCCUCAGAUGCCGCAGCAACUCCAACACUGGGGAGACCCCCAGCCGCCAUGGACCAGGGGAGCAGGCCAACUGCUCCCCCCAGCUACGAGGAGAAGUUGGAGGCUUACAACCAGAAGUACUCCUACAUGAAGUCGUGGCCAGGUCUCCUCCGCUUAAUGGGCGCCCUGGAACUGAUUUUCGGUGGGAUGGUCUUCGCCUGCACGGCAGCGUACAUCCAGAAGGACUACCAGUGGCCUCAGCUCUAUGGAGAUUUCGCGGGAGCGGGCUACGGCUACGGCUACGUCGGACCGAUGGCCCCUUUCGUGCUGGUGGUGGCCAGUCUGGCGUGGCUUGUGACAGUGAUCCUGCUGGGCCUGGGCGUCACCAUGUACUACCGGACCAUCCUCCUCAAUUCGCACUGGUGGCCGCUGACAGAGUUUGCCCUCAACCUCACCCUGUCGCUGCUGUACAUGGCCGCUGCCAUCGCGUACGUCAAUGACGUCCGUCGGGGCGGGCUGUGCUACUCUGUCUUUGCCGCCAACCCACUGGUCAUGGCCCUGUGCCAGGUCGAAGGGGGGCAGGUGGCAGCCAUCGUCUUCCUCUUCCUCACAAUGCUGCUCUACCUGGGAGGCUCCUUCACCUGCCUCAAGAUGUGGCAGCGCGAGGCUAUCAGGAAGCGCCUGCUAUCCCUGCCAACGCCAGUUGUCUUACGAGCCGCACCUCAGCUGGCUGCCUCCCGGGAUGACACUGCCCUGGCCAGGAAAGCCACCAGGCACGUUGAGUUCUUGGAGAACGGAGAGGUCCCAGAGAGGCUGAAUCUCGUCAUCCCGACAGGCCACAACCCCAAACCUCACAUCGUCCCUGACUAUGUCAUAAACUACCCGUCCAUUGGAAGCAUGACUGAGCGGGAGAAGUACAAAGCUGUCUUCAAUGACCUAUAUGCCGAGUACAAGGAGCUGUACCGUGAGAUCAGUGCUGCAGAGCAGAAAUUUCAGGACCUGGAUGCCAUGAUGCGCCAGCUGCCUCGCCACUAUCAGAAUAGGAAGGAGCAAAGUCGACUCUCAGCUGUGAGGAAGGAAUACAGGACCAAAAGGAAGGACCCUGCUUACCUGGAGAAGCAGCAGCGCCGCGAUUAUCUCAAGAGGAAGCUGGCCCACCUGAAGGCCCAGAUCCAAGCCUAUGACUGGGAGGCCGGUGAGGGCUCCGUCGCUUUCUGA